AAUAUCAUUUCUACUUUUAAAAACAAAAUCGGAAACGAUAACCUAGUUUUGUCCCGAACCUUACCGAGAUAAGAGGUAAAUAUGUUUUGUUAUUUUUGGGACGGGUCGAAGUUUACUACUGGUUGCAUGAGGAAGAGUCGAUUAACAGGGUUUCGAAUCUAAAGGCGAAAGGAAAAAGGGCGACCACAACCACAACUAUAGAGAACACUCGGACUCGGUGUGAAAAGAGCGAAGCUUUUCGGCAUUCAGGUUCAGACACUCAUAAAGACGUUCGCUUUUCAUACUGUUAUGGAGGGGCAAUCUCCUACUAGUCAAGGAAUUUAAUGUUUACAAUUUCUGUUUGGCCUCGCUUUGUGAAAAUACUAAGCUGCGGUGUGCUUAUCUGAAUCUGAGCUACAAUUUUAGAACACCUCUUUGAGACUAUUACAACUAUGUUAAUCAGGAGUUUACUUUUUGGGAAUGUCCCUCCUUUGAGAUGCUUUUCAUCAUCAGCACUUAAUAUUCUGAAAACUGGAGAUAUCUUAAGGGAGACGAGAGUUUUUACAGAUGAAGAUGUCCUUGAAUAUUCAAAGGUGAGUCACGACUCAAAUCCUUUGCAUUUUAAUUCAGAGCUUGCUCGUAACGCUGGAUUUGAAGAUAGACUUGUUCAUGGGAUGCUUGUUGCUGCCCUCUUUCCACGGAUCAUUUCUUCUCAUUUCCCUGGAGCUGUAUAUGUUUCCCAAAGCUUGAAUUUCAGGUUGCCGAUCUAUAUUGGAGACAAGGUCAGUGGUGAGGUACAAGUGAUUAGUCUAAAAGAAAACAAGAAAAAAUACCUAGUAAAACUCAAGACAAAGUGCUUCAGGAAUGAUGAACUUCUGGUUCUGGAUGGAGAGGCUAUGGCUAUCUUGCCAUCUCUGGCUGUGGAACGAGUCCGUUCCCUGGACUGAUGGAAGCAGUUAAAAAGGUGCCAGAUUCUUCUGUAGUCUAAUUAACUGCUUAGCAUCAUAAGCUUCAAUGUAUUGACCAAUUUUUCACUUGCUGAGAGUUCUAGAGAAAUUUAACAGAGUUGUCUGGAUGGACAUAAUACUUUCAAGGAGUUUUUGUUGAAAUCUGAACCUAAUGUUUA